CUGUUGCUGCUCACUUUAAACUUUAAAGUGAACCAUUUCAUCUUCCUUUCGCAAGAAGCAAGUUGUUAGACGUGAGAGCAGUGGGAGCGACAUAAACGAGGAGAAGUAGAAGAUGAUGAUCUUAGUGACAGUGAUUCUGGGAGGAUUGUUCGUGCUGGCGUUCCAUGCUUUGGUUGCGUUGUUUCUGAAGCCAAGAUUGACGAGAGAAAGCCUUCGUACGCAAGGCAUCUAUGGUCCUUUUCCUCACUUUUUCUUCGGGAAUGUUCCAGAAAUGAAAUCCCUUCUUCAGGAGGUUCAUGAUCAGUCUCGUUCUCAACCCGAAGCAUCCCCUAUUUGUCAUCGCUGGCCCUUCACUUUGUUCCCUCAUUUGCCCAAAUGGAGGAACCAAUACGGGCCCAUAUGCUUGUAUUAUCGUGGAAGCAAACCGUUCUUGAUGGUUCAAGAUACAGAGAUGGUGAAGGAGGUGAGCUUGUACACAUCUUUGGAUCUUGGAAAGCCUUCUUAUCUAUCCAAAGAUCAUGGGCCACUCUUCGGCCUAGGCAUAUUAUCAUCAAGUGGGCCUCUUUGGGCCCACCAAAGGAAAAUAAUUGCUCCUCAGCUAUACCUUGAUAAGGUUAAGGGGAUGGUUGAUUUGAUGGUGGAAUCAACAAAUACGAUGGUGAGGAAAUGGGAGGCAAGAAUUGAUCAUAAUGAGAAAGCGGUUGCAGAGAUAAAGAUAGAUGAAGAUUUGAGAAGCUUAUCGGCUGAUAUAAUUGCGAAGGCCUGUUUUGGAAGCAGCUAUGAAAAAGGCCAAGAAAUAUUCACCAAGCUUAGAUUUAUUCAGAAGCUCAUGUCCAAAUCAACUGUUGGAAUUCCGGGACUACGGUACCUGCCAACAAGAAGCAACAGAGAGAUAUGGGCAUUAGAUAAAGAGAUAAGCUCAAUGAUUAAAAGACUUGUAAACCAACGCCUCAUGGUUGGUAAUAAGCAGGAUCUCAUGCAAAUGAUAAUGGAGGGUGCUACAAAAUGUAAUGAGGAUGGUGGUGGUGAUGACCUCUUAUCAAAUCCUAUCUCACGUGACAAGUUCAUAGUAGAUAACUGCAAGAACAUAUAUUUUGCUGGACAGGAGACGACGGCGAUCACAGUGUCGUGGGCAUUGAUGUUGUUAGCAGAACACCAAGAUUGGCAAGAUCGCUGUCGAGCUGAGGUGCUUCAAGUUUGUGGAAAUGGCACCUUUGAUGCAACCAUGCUUAGAAGCUUGAAAACGGUAACUAUGGUGAUUCAAGAGACUCUUAGACUUUACCCACCGGCAACAUUUGUUAUAAGAUCAGCCUUACAAGAUAUUAAAUUGAAACGUAUUUCGAUUCCGAAAGGAAUGAACAUUCAGAUUCCAAUCCCAUUAUUACAGCAAGACCCUGAACUGUGGGGACCUGAUGCCAACAUGUUCAACCCUCAAAGAUUUGCAAAUGGGAUCAUGGAAGCUUGCAAGACCCCUCAGGCUUAUCUGCCAUUUGGCAUCGGAGCUCGGAUCUGCGCUGGCCAGCAUUUUGCGAUGGCGGAACUGAAGGUGAUCUUAUCUCUGAUUUUGCUCAGGUUUCAGUUCUCUCUCUCUUCAAGUUAUCGCCAUUCUCCUGCAUUUAGACUGGUUAUAGAACCUGGGGAAGGAGUCGUUCUCAUGGUUAGGAGAAUUUGAGCUCAAGAUGUAUUGGCAUGUAUGCAUUGUAUGUUCCUAAGUAUUUUGGAUGUUUUACACUAUGUUCGGUUCAACUAGGUCGGAUCCCGUGCGUUGUAUGGGUUUGAUAUCAGAAAAUUAUAAGAAGUAAUAUCGAUAAUAAUAUUUACAAAAUUUCAAUUUAAGUAAUAA